AGUGUUGAUGGGAGCUAUCGCGGUGGUAACGUACAGCCGCGUGAGAUUCUGCAGGCGAGCACAAGGACACGGGGGCAGAAGCUGCAAUCAGCAGAGCUAGAUCAGGCGAUGGUGGAUGGAUCAAGCCCGCAAUGGUCCGGACUAUGGGACGCGAUGCUUUCUGCGGUGGUUGCGUCUGCGGUCGCGGAAAAGGUGCGAGAGAGAAAGUCGGGGCUGUCCUAG